CCGCUCUCUAGCGGUGGCCUGUUCGUUUUUAAAAGGUUUUCACAAAAUCACGACGCUUUUCUAUCGAGAAUAAAUGGUAUUGCGUGCAGUAUUAGUCAAAUAAAUAUUUCAUGCGGUUGACGAGAAGAAAUCAGAUAACUACAUUCGUGGGGGCAAUUUAUUUAUAACUUUUUGGAACAACGUGGGAGAAGUAAGAGAUUAGCCGGCCAUGUUGAACUGACAACUGCGUCAACGAACUGAAGAAAGUUGGCAAACACCAAAGUUCUUUCCACCUCGAAAUUAAAAAAAAAAAAAAUACUCAACGUCAUUUUCAUCUUUAAAGAUAAAUGAAUAUCAUUAAGGGUACCAUAUCGUGGGAAGAGUUCGUGAUUGGAGUUCGUCAUAUCUUGUCGGUGUCCGGAACGAUAGGCGAUGGAUGGCAUUUUCGCGGAUCACUGGAGGAACACUGUGGCGGUUAUCUGAGCAAGCGGAUAGACUACUACCCGGUAGCUGUUGCAGAGCCCUCGGCGGAAUCCGCCGGCGGAACUCGACUAAAAGAUGAUGAUAUCGAUCACGACUCGGCCAUCGAGCCCUCGGAGCACGAUGAUCCGUGCAGCAUCGAUCCCGAUCCUUCUUUCCGACCCGUCUGCAGGGAAUUUCAUGUGCUAUACAGUCUGGCUCACGCUGUGCCCACGCUCUAUUUGAGAGCCUGGAGAUCGGACGGAAGCUGCGUAGAGGCCGAAGAGUUAUGGAACGAUUUGACUGCUGCAGAAUGUCGCCCAUCAUCCGACGAACUUGAAAGACUUCGCUCCUUGACUCAACAGGAACAUCCUUUCCUCGGUGAGCCGUGGUAUCACCUGCAUCCAUGCCGGACGGCCGUCUUGAUGGAUCUGGUUGCUGGCAAUGACGUCGAUGGAAUUGAUGCAAAGCGAUACUUUGUCCGCUGGAUGUCAACUGUGGCCCCGCUGGUCGGCUGUCCCGUUUCUCAUCAUUAUGCUUCCAUUCGGUAAACGCCCUGACCCCCCGUGUUGGCCUCUCCUCGGCAACAGGUAUACAUAACCAUCAUCGACCGGAUCAUCAGUGUGUUUUGCCAACGAGAAAAUGUAUUAAUCAACUAACAAGUUUCGAAUAAAAACACGUGUUACUACGGUACACAACAACAACAACAGCAGCAAUCGGAAUAAUUACUCGAUAUGUCGGCACGUGAUUGCCUACAUGGUUGGCUCUUUUUUUUAUAUUUGUUGUGUCGGAAGAGCGGAGGAAAUAGAAAGAAGGGAGGAAAUAAAGGCAUUCGGGUCCGUCGUUAUUGGAGACCUCCGACCACUGGUCUGGUCGGCGUGCCGCCUUUUAAAUAUUACGGGUGAUCGAUAACUGCCGGAACUGGGAAAUAACAACGUUGUAAACUUGUAAUGAAUAUAGCCAUCCCAUCCGCCGCAAGAAAAUGAUGUUUGAGAACGUGUGCGACCACUCGUCACGUUUUAGAAACCAUCAUCAUCUGCGAGUUGCCAUGACGACGACCCCCCCCCCCCCCAGCCCCUUUCUAUUGUUGUUUCCUGUGCUGUUCUUCAUCGCAACACGCUCUCACUUUUGUCCGUUGCCCAGUCUGCACACCGACCAAUAACCAACCGGGUGAUUGCUUUGCGGGACUAGUAACCCCGGCAGGGCUGGCCUCUCUACAACUCCCAGGUCCAGUCCAUCAUACUCCAUCCUUCCUCUCCCUUUUUUUUCUGGUUGCUCUACCCUCGUUGCCUGUUGCCUGGAUUAUUGAUCAAUUUCUUUCGCUCACCGGUCCCCCUUUUUUCCCUGGACAAAUCUAUAAAAAAAAUAAAGAGAGAGAAUAUAAAAACAAGUCUAAAUAAAUAAAAACAGAAACAUCAUCUGGUCGUCCACUAUGGACAACCGCUGGGACGACGUUGCUAGCUAUACUUUUUUCUAGAAUCUCAUAACCGUCCCUUUCAACACUACAAAAGUAUUGGCAUAAUAAUUUG